GAAUACCCGUGAACGCAUAGAGAUACGUGAACGUGACCAGUUUCAUUUUGGUCUACACUUUCUGAAUUCGUACAGAUAGUUCAGCUAAAACGAACGAACGUAGGGGGUUCUGAUGCAGCGGUGUUACUUGUGAAACCGUGCGUGGAGCCAAACGGAAGAACGAAGCCGCCUAUCGCGAAGUCUCGCGAAUGACGCGGGCUGUCAGUUAACUUAAACAACAUCAACCGGCAAAUAACUCUCGCGCGCGACUGAUAUCGUUGAAAUGUGAAUCCCGGUGCUUCACGGUGUACAACGUCUCGCCUGGACGGGUAAAUAUGCGGUUCCUCUUUCCAUCCUCCACGAGGAACAAAAGCGUCUAACCUCGACGUGCGUUCAACGAGAACGACUUGUUCGGGCUAACCUCACAUCAUGGGUUACAACAAGAAGGUGUCGUACUUCUACAACCCGGACGUGGGGAACUUCCACUACGGGCCGGGUCACCCGAUGAAGCCCCAUCGGUUGUCCGUGAUCCACAGUCUUGUGCUGAACUACGGUCUCCACAAGAAGAUGCAGAUCUACCGUCCGUACCGCGCGAGCACCCACGACAUGUGCCGCUUCCACUCGGAGGAAUACGUGGAGUUUCUGCAGCGGGUGACGCCGCAGAAUCUGCAGGGCUACACCAAGUACCUGAGCCACUUCAACGUGGGGGACGACUGUCCGGUGUUCGAGGGCCUGUUCGACUUCUGCUCCAUGUACACCGGCGCAUCCCUGGAAGGCGCCACCAAGCUGAACAACAACUGCUGCGACAUCGCCAUCAACUGGAGCGGUGGUCUGCAUCACGCCAAGAAGUUUGAGGCUUCCGGCUUCUGCUACAUCAACGACAUCGUCAUCGCCAUCCUGGAGCUGCUUAAGUAUCACGCCAGGGUUCUGUACAUCGACAUCGACGUGCAUCACGGCGACGGUGUACAGGAGGCUUUCUACCUGACCGACCGGGUGAUGACUGUGUCCUUCCACAAGUAUGGUAACUUUUUCUUCCCAGGCACCGGCGACAUGUACGAGAUCGGCGCCGAGAGCGGCCGAUAUUACUCGGUGAAUGUGCCGUUGAAGGAGGGCAUCGACGACCCGUCGUACGUCCAGGUCUUCAAGCCGGUCAUCUCGCACGUGAUGGAGUUCUUCCAGCCGACGGCGAUCGUGCUCCAGUGCGGCGCCGAUUCCCUCGCGAACGACAGGCUCGGCUGCUUCAGCCUCAGCACCAAGGGCCACGGUGACUGCGUCAAGUUCGUGAGGGACCUGAACGUGCCGUUACUGACGGUCGGCGGUGGCGGUUAUACUCUGCGCAACGUCGCCCGAUGCUGGACCUACGAGACCUCGCUGCUCGUCGAUGAGCAGAUCAGCAAUGAGCUGCCGUAUACGGAAUACCUGGAGUACUUCGCGCCGGACUUCACGCUUCAUCCGGAAGUCGUCACCAGGCAGGACAACGCCAACUCUAAGCAGUACCUCGAGGCGAUCACGCGGCACGUCUGCGACAAUCUCAAGAUGAUCCAGCACUCGCCAAGCGUGCAGAUGCAGGACGUCCCAUGCGACGCGCUGCCGCCGGAGGAGGAGCGGCAACCGGAACCGGAUCCGGACUCCCGGCAGAACGUACAGGACACGGACAAAAUCGUCGAGCCGGCGAACGAGUAUUACUCCGGCGACAAAGAUCAGGAUAAGAUGGACGCGAGCGACACGUGAUGACGAGAGAGCGACGCCACUGUGCUUUCGUCAGAGGUGGCUAAACUGUUAGACGCAAUCUUGUUCGGCCGACACACGUUUUACGGUUAAUCACUCGACUGAGAGUCUCGGGAGUAGCGACCUCCCCGAGGCUUCUUCUAUACAUAUGUACCAGAUAAGACAAUGUACUGACUAUUAGGCGCACGCAGAAAAACGUGAGCGAUCAGCGAAUUAACUGAUCGUCACAGUCGACGGUUCUCUUUGCGGUAAAAGAAUAAUAGAUUGUGGAGGCUCAAUUUGCUUACUGCUCGUGUUUCUCUAUGUGCCGCAGCCCUCAGGCUGGAUCUACAAUAGGUGUAAUAAACCUUGAGUCUUUUUCGUAAAUAUUAAAUCGUGACGUGAUUUCUGGCAAGAAGCAUUUCCAACACUAUCGCCACAAUUCCUCAGAUUUAAGCGUUAUUAUGUUACGCCUUUUAUUGGGAAUUACGUUAUAUUUGAUCGCUUGGAGCAAAAGGUUCGUUAUAUCUAUUGUAGAUCCGGACGCAAUGAACCGUUCAACCUGACUUGACAAGUCUGUAAAUACAAUACAAUGUACAUACAAAUUGAGAUCCGAUUUAUGGCAAUAAUAAAGCAUACAUUUUUAUAUUA